AUGACGGGCGUCGCACGGUUCCUCGGCGAGCUCGUCAAGCGCAACCAGGCCAAGUUUGGCGACUUCUGCAAGGUGUAUCGACCUGCCUUGAUCGGCCUCCUCGACGGCGCGCAGACCUCGUGGGGAGAGGUCAUGUACUGGGCUUUAAGGCCCAAGUUCCUCUGCAACACCGCCCUGGGAGACAUUUGCUGGCUUCGGUUCCAGAGCUCGUCCGGGGAGGUCGAGGGCACGAUUGCCGUCGCCUUCCUAAUGUACCACAACAACCCGUCAAAGAAGCCAAUCUUUGACGCGCUCCAAGCUGGAAAGGAUUUGGCACCCCUGCGGCAUCUCCUCUUCGUAGGCUCCAAGCGAGCCGACGAGGUUGAGCAGGAGUCGGUGUACGUCCUCUGCCACCCAUGGGUGGACUGGGACGUGGUCGACGAGGUCGAAUCGACACUGGACUACGAGGACGCUACUGUCGAGGGCCAGUUCCCCAUCGACAUGCCUGUGUAUACCGGGAUGAGCGUCAACCCUUCCAAACGGCGCAUCGACCACAUGUCGAGCAGCGUCAACCGACGCGUUGAGAACGCGGCAAGGGACGACACCUGGGUGAUGCACGUCGCCUUCGACAUGCGUGAACCGAUUCUCGCACCCGGUGCUGUCGUCCCGACCUUCGUCACGCACUGCUGCGAGCACAUGUGCAUCAUUGCGUUCGGCUGCACCGACGGCCCACUUGGCGGGCUCAACGUCAACACCUUCGACCCCGUGAUGCGCUACACACUGAUCUCGGGCAAGAACAUCGAGGUUCGGCUUCGAUGUCUCGACGCCGCUUUCGAGACCGAGCCACGCUUGCGCUGCCCGGUCGUGCAGGACGCAGAUGGGUGGCGGAGGACGCUGCGCGCGGUGUCCGUCACCGCCUCUCACAUUGCGCGUGGACAUGGCAAGUAUGCCAAGUACCGUGCCAAUGUCACCACGCCGAACCUCCGAGCAUGGGCGGGUUCCACGGUGUACGGCAGCAAGGACGGUCGCUUCGACCUCCAGCCGAUAUCGGAGAGCCACCUGUACGUCAACACGCAGGGCUACUCCGAGGCGACGUCCCGCACGUCGCCGUACUACCCACCCAUGCUCAUGGAGCACUGGGUCGCCGCCGUCUCCGAGGCAGCUGAGAAGGUAUGUGCGCGUUGGUGA